AUGGAGUAUGGGUAUGUGAGCUCCCCUUCACAGUCACCGAAUCAAUCAAUCUUCGCCGCCGGCCAGUAUUUCGAUAGCACAUCUGAAAGCUCAAGUCCUGAUUCACCGCAUGUAAGUAUAUGGUUAUGUUUCCACCCUGGUCAAAUGGCAUCGAUGAUGUUUAACAACAAUCCCAUGCAAUAUGACAUGUUUCAGUACGGUGGCACAUCAGCGACGUUUUAUCCAGCCACGCAGAACACCAAGAUCGCAGUCGAAUACAACAAUGCCGCCACUCUAGAUCAAGCCGAUCGACGGAGGCGGAGGUCGGGUAGUGCCUCUACGACGACCAAAGACAAGGACACGAUCCCCAACAUGCAUUUGAGAAGGCGUGCUCAAAAUCGGGCAUCUCAACGUGCUUUUCGCGAGCGAAAGGAAAAGCAUGUCAAAGGCCUAGAGCACCAGCUCGAAGACCUACAUGAAAAGCAUCAAGAUCUCCUACAGUCCUACACACGGCAAGCAGACGAGGUUGGCAAGCUCAACAACCGGAUAGCCGAACUCAGCGCCGAGCUAAAUGCUCUCCGGACGUGUCAAGACCAGUCGUUCAGCGAGAUGCUCUUGCCUGACAAGUUCGACAAGUUCGAUGCCUUCUCAGCACAUGAUAUGCUCUAUAACGGCCCCGACUCCUAUUUCGACAAGAAUGCCGUGGACCUGAAUUCAGAGUUCGCCUUACAUUCUUUCGAAGAUUCGCUUUAA